UACACGAAAAAAUCUACCAAUUGAGGAGGAGAAAAAAGGCAUUGGACAAACGAAAAAAGAAAAAGCAGACUAUGGCAAGCACCAGCGCUGCUCUAAUAUCCCAUUUGCGGUUCAACGGAAGCUGCUUCAAGCUCGUUGAGCCAACCAAGACUCAGCUCGAGUUCACCUCUCUCAAAUCCAGGCAUUCAAGGACAGGGGGGCUGGAAUUUGGUGCUUCGCGGAGCAGGAGAGGUUUUGGUACAGUCGUUUGUUUGGCUGCCGUUGACGACGAUGCCAAAGAAAACCGGCAACAAGCCUUCAGUAAAACCAGCAGCGCCUCUGCCACCGAAGAUAGACCUGGUAUAGAUGUGGCUAGUAUCUCAGCAGAAGAAACACCACAAGGGUCCGAGCAGGAUAAUGACGGAAGCGCGCUUUAUAAUUUUCUUUAUCCCGAUAAAGAUCUUCUCCCAGAUGAUAAGGAAAUGACUAUAUUCGAUCAUCUCGAAGAGUUACGACAGAGGAUAUUUGUGUCUGUAUUGGCUGUUGGAGCUGCUAUCUUGGGGUGCUUUGCAUUUUCAAAAGAACUGAUUGUAUUUCUUGAAGCUCCUGUUAAAGCACAGGGUGUACGAUUUCUGCAACUAGCUCCUGGCGAGUUUUUCUUCACGACGAUAAAGGUGUCAGGAUAUUGUGGCCUUCUUUUAGGAAGCCCUGUAAUUCUGUAUGAGAUCAUAGCCUUUGUUCUUCCGGGUUUGACCAGAGCAGAGAGAAGGUUUCUGGGGCCUAUUGUGUUGGGCUCCUCGGUUCUUUUCUACGCCGGUCUUGCUUUUUCCUACUCGGUUCUGACUCCAGCAGCCUUAAAUUUCUUUGUUACUUACGCCGAAGGGGUUGUAGAAUCUUUGUGGUCUAUUGAUCAGUACUUCGAGUUUGUACUAGUGCUAAUGUUCAGCACAGGCUUGUCUUUCCAGGUUCCUGUCAUACAAUUUCUUCUCGGACAACUCGGUCUUGUAUCGGGGGACCAGAUGCUUUCCAUUUGGAGAUAUGUAGUGGUUGGUGCAGUCAUUGCAGCUGCUGUAUUGACACCAUCAACAGAUCCUGUAACUCAGAUGCUUCUGGCAACUCCACUUUUGGGUCUUUACUUGGGUGGUGCAUGGGUUGUAAAGCUUACCGGACGGUGAUCGCUUUGCCAUUGGAAUCUUCAGUCGGGAUCGGUCUAGCGGCCGGUGCAUCGCAAGCGUGCUCGUUUCGUAUAUUGUCAAAAAUUAGUCAUAACAAGAUCAGCCUAUAAAUUAUUUGUACCGAAUCUGUACCAUUAUUGUAGAAUUUUCUUUUCUCCUCCUACGCUUGAGAAGCUCCAUCUCUUGCCCUUGUUGUAU